AUGCUAAAUUCUAUUGCAUUAACGACGGCCCAUUGGCUAUUCAGCUGUCUAUUAAUCGUUGACCGUUUAAUCGAACCCCAGACGGUAGUUCAUUUUUUGGAGUAUUGCGACACUGGGGAUCUUCCCAAUGGAAAGGUUACCACACUCCCCUUGCCAGACCAUGAAGAGGAAUUGCUGUGGAUGAAGCCCUACAGCGAAUGGGCUCCCGCACCAUAUAACAACAUCACCGAAGACUUGGGCUCCCAAUUGAUGAUCAGAGUUGGCUCUGAUGACGACUAUGAGCGCUUGGAGCUGAUACCAUACAACAUCCAUUCCUGGAAGUCUACAUUAUUGGAUGACAUGGUUCCUCUCUCACCUACUCAAUGGAAGGAUAAAAGGCUGAGUCAACCUGAAAAUUUUGACCUGGCUUGUGAAUAUUUGAUCGCUGUGAUAGCAGCCUUUGAGUAUUUGAACCUGCCACAAGCACAGGAAAAACUGAAAGGAACGUAUAACGUAAUGUAUGACCAUUUCGAGUACUUCGACAACGCCGUCAAUUCCCUGCGCUCUUCCAAUGGCAAAGAAGGGACCGUCAGCAUGGCCGCCCUUUGGGAAGAAUUCACCCGUGUACACUAUCAAACCGUAACCGCUCGAGCUCACUCCUGGGUUAUAUCUCACGCUACAGCGCUUCGGGGCCCUAUCCUAAAUGACCUGAUUGCUCAUCAACCGCCAUCUGAGCAUUCAUACAGCCCAAAACAACAGAUUCUAACCGACAAACUUCACGUCUUAGCUGAAAUCACCACCACCGCGGAUUUUACUAUUUUGCUGCCCAUGGAUGGAUACAAAGGCCAUGUUUUGCUUGAGGGGACAGAAGGAGACCUCCAUAGCCCAUCCCUGGAUAUACGUCGCGACGCUGUAUCAGAUAGAGUCAAAUCUCUAUCAAAUCACAAAAUGCUAACUGAAAUUCUAGUGGAUACCCUGAAGCCGGAGUCGGACCGAACUCCCAGAGGAGUAGCACACCCAGAAUCUUUGCUCAAAACAGCGCUUUAUCAAAUCGAUGCACAAACGGAAACUCGCGAGGCCCUUCGAGGGAAACCAGAGCAACUGCCCCCGCCAGGAUGGAUUAUGCGGAUACAGCGAAGAAUCAGCUUCGCAGAAAGCAAUGCUACUAAUUCAGAACCUUACCAACUGGAUAAGUUUACGAUAUAUAAGCUUGUUUAUAGCCAGACUGAUGAGGAGUGGAGUGAUUUCUUACAGAAAUUAGAGGCAGACAUGAACGAUUGGGGUCAUGGGGUCCAAGGAGCUGAUCAGAUAAAAGAGCGGUUACAGUUAGAAUGGUUCGAUGGCGAGGAGCUCGGGAUUCCAGAAGAUGAUAUAGACGCAGCGAAGAAGUAA